AUGUCGACCUCAUAUCUGCCCACCGACUCGACCGAUAGAGGCAGCUCGGCCACUCUGCCAGACUCGUCGUCCUCCCCACCUCAGCCUUCCCGUAGGCAGACAGCUCAGCAAAUCACCCUCGUUGAUCGCACGAACCCAGAUCGCCCUGAAAUACAGAAUCCUGGCGAAGUUCUAUAUGAUGACGACAUCGCUCCUGCUGCUGGCGGCUCUCUCUCUAGAAGAUGGACAAGCCAAUCCUUGACUGGCCAUGCGCAAUCUUUGCAAGGUUCGGUGCAGAAGCGCAUGACCUCUCGCAAGUAUCGGAAUUACAGAGAAGGAAGAUUUAUCGGUCCUGAAGACCCAGAGAAUCCUGCUUCUGUCGACGAAGGCUCCACCGUCUCCAAUCCCGGCAAGGUCACUCGUGGCAAGAACAAAGUACGCGGGCUGCUGGGAACAAGGAAGCAGAUGCAACUUGCUUUGGAAGAAGACGCUGUAAUUGACGUCCUUUACGAGAACCAACGAGGCUGGUGGUUCUUUGGUGUACCUCACUUCUCGUCCAAAACACUUCUCAACUUCGACCCAAAACCGUGGCUGAAUGGUCACAAGAAGCCUAGCCCCGUCAACAUCACAAACGCUCAAGUGCCAGAUCCCAGCUGGGAGUGGGCUUGGAAAUCUUGGUAUGUCGACAUGUCGAGGGAUGUCGACGAAGAAGGCUGGGAGUACUCUUUCUGGUUCAGUGACGGCACAGCAUGGCACGGUACACAUCCAUGGGGCUACUCAUGGGUUAGACGACGACGAUGGCUACGGAAAAGGGUGCGAAAGCAGCCUCGGAAGACCAACCAACAAGGUCAUGCUUUUACUUCUGAUUACUUCACCAUCCAUCCCAAGGCUCCAAGCAGAUCUAGCAGUUUUGUCUUUGAUACUGUGGCUCGUCAGAAUUUGGAAAAAGCAGAGCAUUACUUGGAAGAUCCCGAGGAUAUUCGAGACAUCGGCUCCCUACUCAACAGCCUCAAGCGGGCAGGCAUCGAUCGCGAAAAGAUCGUCCUUGUCCGCCACUUCAUUGACAACGGUGGAGACGAUCUCCAUUAUUUAGGCGAGCAGAUGGAAACCAUAAUGUCACUCUGCAUAUUCCAAAACUCGCGCCGCUACAUCCUAACCAUGCUCUCCCAGAAGCUCACUGAGGCGGAGAGGCUGCGAGACGAACACGCAGCCCACGACGAAGAAAUCUCCGCCCAAGAACAACAAAGAAUCACAAACCUCGAAGCCGCAGUCGCAGCAGCAGACGAACAAGUCAAGCGCCUAGAAUACUGGAGCGACAUCCGCGACAUGGCACGCUCUGGCACAACAUCCUUUGCCACAGAUGCAGACGUCUGGGGCUAUGAGAAAUGGAGAGGCUUGGAUUCUUCGGGUCCGGAAGCUAAUGAUAUGAGUACGGCCAAGGAAAAAGGGAAAAGUUGGAAGGAGGUAAAGAAGGAGGUUAAGAGCCAGUUGAAUCCCAAGGAUAGUGUGGUUAAUGGAAACAAGGAGAACGGGGAAGCGAAGAAGGUGAGGAUUGAAGGGCAUGUCGAAGAGAAUGGCGAAGAAGGCGUGAAUACUGCUGUCGCUGAGGAUAAGCCCAGAGAUAAGGGCAAGCAACGGGCUGAAUAA